GCACACUCGUACACGCCCCCAUCAACCCAGUCAGUCAGCCACGCGCAGACGAGAACAUCUUUGUGGUGCCAAACCGGCGAAUUUGUUUUCCCCGAGUUUUACAAUUUGUUCAAGUUACAAAUGACAUGCAAUCGGAGUAAGCCACAAGCAAGAGUAAAUCUACGGAAAGGAAACGAAAGACGACGUCCUAAAAGUUUUAGCUACAGAAGGGACAUUACUGCUUGCUCGUCUAGCUAGCCAUCGAGCUAGCUAUAACGUGCAAGGCUGUACCACAGUAGCCAGCUUAACUAUCGAUUAAGUUCCGAAGAGGCAAUGUCCUUUCGUCGACAGAACCAACAACCCGGUUCAGGCGGACGAAAAACCUCCAAUGGAACGGCAGGGCCUGCCGCUUUGCCCUCUCAUAUCAGCGGGAGCAAUGCCAACAGAGCUGUGCCUGGAAGGACAAGAAAUACAAUGAAGCCUCCAUCUCAGUCCUCUCCCGUAUUUGAAGGUGUCUACAACAACACCAGGAUGCUUCACUAUCUCACAGCUGUAGUGGGCUCCACCUGUGACGUCCGAGUGAAGAGUGGAAAUGUGUAUGAAGGCAUCUUCAAGACCCUCAGCUCAAGGUGUGAGCUGGUGGUUGACGCUGUCCACAAGCGGAGCGAAGGAGAUGCGGAUGGAGAUGGAGGGGGAGGCUUGCCUCCCUCCCUGCCCAGGAUCGAGGAGAUCACAGACACCAUGAUUUUCAGCCCCGGCGACCUGGUCACAAUGACUUGCCGAGAUGUGGACCUCAACUACGCCAUCAGAGAUGCUUUCACAGAUACAGCAAUCAGCUCAUCGCGGGUGAACGGGGAACACCGGGAGAAGGUGCUGCAGAGGUGGGACGGAGGGGACAGCAAUGGAGAAGGCUUCGACCUGGAGACUGACACGUCUAAUGGCUGGGAUGCCAGCGAAAUGUUCAAGUUUAACGAGGAGACGUAUGGCGUCACGUCCACCUACGAUUCCAGCCUCUCCAUGUACACUGUUCCACUGGAAAGGGGCAGCUCGGAUGGCUUCCGACAGAGGGAGGCACGUGCGGCCCGCCUAGCGAAUGAGAUUGAGGGCAGUCCCCAGUACCGUCACCGCACCAACCUGGAGAACGACGAUAAGAGUGAGGAGGACAAGUACAGUGCCGUGGUCCGAGAGAGAGACGAGGGGAGGGAGAGGGGCAGCCCUGGAUUCCAGAGCAGUGCCGGGAGCAGGGACGGUAAAUAUAUUCCGCUUCCCCAGAGGGCCAGGGAGAUGGGCGUCCCCCCCAGCAGCCUGAGGGGAGGAGCCUCUGGUCCAAUUCCCAAUCGAACAGGAGUCCCUGGCUCCUCUAGACCAUCCCAGGGUUCUGAUAGGUGCAGCCCGCUGUCCAUCAGGGGCGCCUACUCUCCCCACCAGUCCCAAGCCAGCCCCCCGGGCCAGCCCAGUAGCCCUACUCCCUCUUCUUCCUCUCACCCGAUCCCUCACUCCAUCUCUCACCCACAAGCUCUGGCUGAUACCUCGCGCUCUUCUGUCAACGGAGUGUCGUCCAGAACUUCCCCCAAAGCCCAGAGAUCCGUACAGACCAAUCGAACUCUGCGCAACCCAACCUCCCAGUCCUCACCUGCAGUCUCUCGCUCUCCAAAACCAGACGACCCCGCUCUUGCUGGCCCUUCCUACCUGGACACUUCCUCCUCCUCGAUCGCCUCGGCAACACCUAAGUCCUCUGGCCCCACCCCUCUGUUCACUGUGGAUGUGAAUGAGAUCCUAAGCUCAGCGGCUAAGGAGAGGACAGAAGGCCCAGCCAGCCCUCAAGACGGCAAGAGCGGCAAAGUUCCCUCAGUCCUGCAGAGAACACAGUUGGAGGAGCUACGGAAAUUUGGCAAAGAGUUCAGGCUCCAGCCCAGCCCCUCUUCUGCUGGCCCCACCUCCUCAGACUCCGCCCAGCCCUCCCCAUCAGACUCCGCCACCACAGCCGAGUCCGUACCCGCCCCUGGCCACACCCCCUCCCAGGACCCCCAAUCUGGAGAGGGGUCCUCCUUCACCCUGACCCCCACCACCCCUACCCCCUCUCCAGCCCCCAACACCGCCUCUCAGUCAUCAGGACCAGACAGACAGACACCCCAGCCAGCCAGGUCCCCUGGCAGCGAGGAGGAGGAGGAGGAGGGCAGCGAGCGAGCAGAGGGUGUGGCUGAUCAGGUGAAGAAGUCUACGCUGAACCCCAACGCCAAAGAGUUCGUCUUCAAGGCACCCAUGACCCUGGUGAAGCCGUCCCCAGCCCCCACCCCCCCGCGGCCCACUCCUCCCAGCCCCUCUGUGGUGCUCCAGCCUCCCCCGGGACAACAGGCCAUCUACAGCACCCCCUAUCUGUCCUACCUCUCCCCCGUACAGAUACAGGGACACUCUGUACAGGCUCCUCAAAUGUAUCAGUACACCAUGUCUUCAGUCCAGCAGGGGAAGUAUCCCAGAUCUAAAGGCCAGGUGGUAGGCCCUCGUCCGGACCACCACGGCUCUUCCCAGCCCCAGAUGCUCCAGGCUGCAGCGUCUGCAGCAGGCCCUCCCCUGGUGGCCUCCCCCUACCCCCAGGCCUACCUACAGUACAGUCAGGUCAUCCAGGGCAUGCCCCACUACCCCGGACAGCCGGUGUACUCCAUGCUGCAGGGUGGGGCCAGGAUGCUGACCCAGGCGGGCCACCCCCAGGCUAUGGGCCCUCAGUACCCCGGACAGACAGAGGGUCCCCCGGGACCACAACAGGCCAUGUAUGCCUCCCAGCAGUUCUCCCACCAUUCUAGCUCCAUGCACCCUCCCCAGCCCUCCAGCACCCCUACUGGGAGCCAGCCCCCUCCCCAGCACACUGCCCCCAGCCCUGGGCACGGACAGUCGGGCCAGGGAGGCCCCCAGCCCCAGUCCAUGUACCACUCUGGGCCCCUGCCAGCGCCCACACCCCCUAACAUGCCCCCUGGCCACAGCUCUCCCCAGGCCUCUUACCCCAUGCAGGGCUACAGCCUGCCCACCCACCAGCCCAUGGCCCAACACUACCCCGGCCUGGGACAGCUCACACAGGCCCAUGUUGCCCAAGGUAUGUCUGGCCCUCACCACCCAGGAGGCCACGGCCCGCCCCAGAUGAUGCUGCACUAUGCUCCACCCCCACAGCAAGGCCCAGGCUCAGCCCAGCAGCACGGCCCUCCCCCCCAGCAGGGGGCGCACCAACACUACUACAUCCAACAUCCACAGGCUGUACAGGUGCAGGCUCACCCCACUCAGCAGCUCUCCUUCCACCCCCCUGGAAACUGACACCCCUACCUACACCUAGAGGACCACAGAAGAAGCAGGAGACAGAGGAGCUGAGGACAGGGAGCUGAUGCCCCCAGUCCCUCCCUGAGUCUUAUGACUGACGCAAUCCCAUUGAGGGACACAAUCAAGUUGUUCGCUGAUCGGCUAAACUAGUCUGAACUGAAGCCCCCCCCACUUCUCUCCUCUCGCCCUCAAAAUAAGCAACUUUUUUUUUCUCUCCUGUUUUUUAAGCUAGAGUUCUUAAUCAAAGAGAGCUCGUCAAAGGCUUCUUGGUUAAGGACAGAGAAGAAAAAAGGUUUUGUUUUUAUGAAAGCCUAGAAAGACUGAGUCCUCACUAGCUGGUUCCAUUUUUAAGUUGAGAGGAUUGACAUGGCCUCAGACUGAAGAGAUCAUAGGACUUAUCACAAUGAAACUUGCUCCCUUUUAACCCCAACCUACUUCCCUUUCUCCUUUUACAGGUAACCAUUAAUAAAUAAACUAAAAAUACAAAAAAUGAAAAAUCAUAAAAAUAAAGUUUACUCAACCUCAAA